AUGCAGACGCCGAGAGCCCUCUCGAACGACUCCAAUUCGCCUCCGCCGAAACGGCGUCAGCCCCAGGUGCCGGAACCGGUCCCGAGCGACUCCGGUUCGCCUCCACCGAGAGGGCGGCCGGCGCCGGAACCAGUAAAGGGAAAGUUGGAGCGGGACGAUGCUGGUUACGUACGCAGCGAGAGUUUGCAAACGGCGCUGGAUUGGUGGCAAUUUCGGCAUCCGAAGUUUCGGUGCACAGCCUUUUACAUGUACGAGGCGAAGUUCACGGUGAAGCUGUAUUGGAAGUGCCUGAAGCGGUUGAUAGAGGAGGACUGCGACGGGGUGGGCACGGUGCUCAAUAUCGGACGGUGUCACUGGGUGGCUAUAUACGUGAGCAAGAAGAGCCGGACGAUCGAGUACUAUGACCCGUAUGGUACGGAGCCGAGCGAGCGGGUGCGGUCAGUGUUGGAGCGGAUCGGGCGAAUGGUGGGUACUAACCUCAACGAAUUUGGCGGACGGUUCCCAGUGGAGGUCAGCUCGGCGCAUCACCAACAUGAUGUGACGGAGUGCGGGUUGUACUCCUUGGCGUUUCUGUACGAGAGGGGGGUGACGGGGAAGAGUUUUUUUGCGUGCACAAGAGGGUCGGCUAUCGGUCGGAGCAUGCUGGAUAUAUACUGCAGAAUGUGGUUUGCAUGA